UUGCGACAUUUGCGACGGUUACAAUAGGAUAGCAGCUAGACAAAAACAAAAUUUGCACAUUGUUAUUUUCAUUAUUAGUGGCAAUGGAAAUACCAUAAUGUAUAGAAAAUCCAACUGUCUAGAUAGCAUGAGUCAUGAGUUACUGUCUGGUGACAGACAGAAGGACAGCCAGACUCUGGAGUAUCCUCAAGGCACUGCGGUUAACGGGCGCAAAGAAGUAACCCUGUCAUGAUGCCGACCCAACUGGUGAACCAGGAUAACCAUGCGAACGAUGUGCGGGUGAAGACGGUGUACAAUGGUGAUGUGAUGAUAACAUACAUCAACCAUAACAUCAACUUUGAUGAGUUUACGCAGGAGAUGGUGGCGAUAUGCCGUUUUAUGCCUGACCAGGUGUUUACUAUGAAGUGGGUGGACGAGGAAGGUGACCCCUGCACGAUAUCGACGCAGUUGGAGCUGGACGAGGCGCUGCGUCUCUACGAGCUCAACAGGGACUCCGAGCUGACUGUUCACGGUAAGUUCUACCACAUAAGAAGACGAUAGUCCGAGGAAGUAGUCAAAGGCUGUACUCAGACUACUGAAUGGAAUGACUAGUUGACUACGUUUGUGAUGUCAAAUAACGAAUCAUGGGGGAAUAGCGUUAUUCAUCGGAUUGCGGGUCAGGGUUAUGUCGGUAUACUUAAAAAAAUUGUGGACUAUUAUUUGGAGUUUUGUAGAAAGGUCUAAAACUAUUACUAAACACACAUUAAGGUUGUUACCUCUAUUUCGAAGCUACGAUUUCAAAUAAAGUAUAUUACUGUACACAUAAGACAGAUUGAGUAAUGUAUGUAUACUUCCAAAUGGACGUUUGGAACGAUAUAAAGAUAUUGAGUGUUGAAUAUCUAAUAAUUAUUUUACAUUUAGUUUACAUAACAUUGGCUGAGAUCGGCUAACAAGAUUAUCAAGACUGCGAUAAAUUAAAUCCCCUUAGACAUCCCUUAGUUUUUAUCUUCCAGCCCAUUAGGGAUGAAGAUUAAGCUAUGCGACGCCCACUCUUUAGAAACAAUAUUUGCAUAGAAACAAUUGGUCCAACGGUUCUCAGAAAGCGUAAUUAUAGAGUAAAAAGUGUUGUGAUUAAUUGCUUCGCUUAGCUGUGGCUGGGGGCGGUUUGUCAGCGCUUGUGCUGCGUUUUACUGUUCUAGUGCGCGCUUAAAAUGAUAGAUGGCGCUGUCAAGGGAACCGGUUAAACAGACCGAAUUGGUAUCGUAUUUUUUUGGAUAUUGUUUUUAUCGAACAUUGAGAAUUUUGAUACUUUACUUGACUAUUUAUAAAUAUUUUUGAAGUUGUAACAAAAAUGGAAUAAGGUCAGCCUAUUUUUCGGGCCUUUUAAUGUAGGAACACACAAAAUUACAAUUCAAUGACAUUUUUGCGUUUACAAUUCAUGAGCAUUACCCAAUUCUGUAUAACUGUGUAACCAACCUACUAAAAAACCCACUGCUACAGUCUAUAACAGCCCGGCAGAACGCCAAAAUCGAAUAUAAGUUACCAUCGAAUCAUAAAUCGAUUCAUUAAGUUAAUAGCACCAGUCCCAAUAUAAUGCAUGCGAUAGGGUCGACCUUAUCAGAUUCAAAUCGGGCAGUCUUCCAACCAUUCCCAACCCUAGUAUAAUUUCCUAGUUUCUCGACAGUUUAUAGUCAAUUCUAGACAUCUUUGCGCGGCGUGACGUGUGUUUCAACCCUUAUAUAUACAGUGACUAGCUUUUCGCCCGCGGCUUCGCCCGCGUCAAGGUCGGUUAUAUCGCGUUUCUAAGAGA